AUGCAUUUCCUUCGAGUGUUGAACUACACUUCCCGAGGUGAGAGGGUCUUCUCACGCCCUGCUCCUUGCGCUCUUCGCCGAUUGCAAAGUAGUCCCCGAGGGCGGGCUGCUGUGAUUGGAGGACGGCGACGAGCGGAGAAUUUGGGCUCAGGAGGAAAGGAGCUGCCGGAUGGCGCCCAGCAAUUGGCGAGAGGGGAGGCGCGUGUAACUCGAGGGUGGAGAGACAGAGCCCUUAGCUCCAGCGCUCUCCCGUGCGCUGCUAAGACUUUAUCCUCCCCUCAAGGGGACGCCCCCUCAGAGGCGGCCGGGGGCCGCACAUCUUCCCCACUCCGGAGGCAGGACAGAGAUUCCUUCUGCCAUCAGAUGUCUUUCUGCUUGACUGAACUGCACCUGUGGUCUUUGAAGAAUACCUUACACAUUGGGGAUAGAGACAUCGGGAUCUACCAGUAUUAUGACAAGAAAGAGCCACCAGCAACAGAGCAUGGUAACUUAGAAGAAAAGCAGAAGCUGGCAGAAUCACGAGAUUUUCCAUGGACGCUCAAAAACAGACGCCCAGAAAAACUUCGAGACUCACUCAAGGAGUUGGAGGAGCUGAUGCAAAAUAGUCAGUGUGUGCUGAGCAAAUGGAAGAACAAAUAUGUCUGUCAGCUUCUCUUUGGUUCAGGUGUGCUGGUGUCCUUAAGCCUUUCCGGGCCGCAGCUGGAGAAAGUGGUGAUUGACAGAAGCCUGGUGGGGAAGCUCAUCUCAGACACCAUCAGUGAUGCUCUUCUCACAGACAGCUUUAUCAUCUUAUCAUUUUUGGCACAAAACAAACUAUGUUUUAUUCAGUUUACCAAGAAGAUGGGUUCUCCUGAUAUAAACAAAAGACUGGAAAAACUCUCAGCCUUGGAUUAUAAGAUUUCCUAUUAUGAAAUCCCUGGCCCAGUAAACAGGACAACACAGCGUCGUCUAGCUAUCAAUUGUGUUCAAGAUAUAGUUGUUUGCUGGUGGCCACUGGUCAGUGAUGAUGCUUGGCCUUGGGCCCCCAUUUCUUCUGAGAAAGACAGAGCCAAUCUGCUGCUCCUGGGUUAUGCUCAAGGAAGACUGGAGGUUCUGAGUUCUGUACGCACGGAAUGGGAUCCACUGGAUGUUCGCUUUGGCACCAAACAGCCUUAUCAGGUGUUGACAGUGGAGUGCACCAUCAGUGUAGACAAAGAGCCCAUGGCUGACAGUUGCAUCUAUGAAUGUGUUCGGCACAAAAUCCAGUGUGUAUCAGUCACCAGAAUACCACUAAGAUCGAAGGCCAUUAGCUGUUGCAGGAAUGUUACUGAAGACAAACUGAUUCUGGGCUGUGAAGAUUCUUCAGUAAUUCUUUAUGAAACUCACCGUAGAGUGACUGUCUUAGCUCAGGCUGAACUUCUGCCUUCAUUAAUAAGCUGCCACCCAAGUGGUGGCAUUCUGCUAGUUGGCAGUAACCAAGGGGAGCUGCAAAUUUUUGAUAUGGCGCUUUCUCCUAUUAACAUCCAGCUUUUGGCUGAAGACCGCUCACCUAGGGAGACUCUACAAUUCAAAAAAUUCUUUGAUGUUUCUAGCAGUCUUGUUCAAAUGCAGUGGAUAGCUCCGCAGGUUGUUUCUAAGAAGCCUGAAAGUGGGGACAUCUAUGAUCUCCUCUUCCUCAAGUUUGACAGAGGACCUUUGGGUGUACUUCUGUUUAAACUUGGUAUCUUCACACAAGGACAGCUGGGCCUGGUAGACAUCAUCUUCCAGUACAUUCACUGUGAUGAGAUCUGUGAGGCAAUAAACAUCCUGAGUAGUAUGAACUGGGACACUCUGGGCUACCAGUGCUUUAUCAGCAUGACUGCCAUCGUAAACCACCUUCUUAGACAAAAGCUCACUCCAGAGAGAGAAGCACAGCUUGAGGCAAGCCUUGGAACCUUCUAUGCUCCAACAAGACCACUCCUGGAUACAACUAUAUUGGAAUACAGAGACCAAAUCAGCAAAUAUGCAAGGAGAUUCUUCCACCACUUACUCAGGUACCAGAGAUUUGAAAAGGCAUUUCUGUUAGCUGUUGACAUUGGUGCUCGUGACCUGUUUAUGUGGUCUGGAACUGAACCCACAAUAUCUCCAGAGUAUGCCUGUAAUCCAUUAUAUAAAAUGAGGCACCCUGAGUCCAUACUGAUACGAGACAUCCAUUACCUUGCACUAGAUAAGGGCGAAUUGGCACUAGCUGAAGUGGCAAGAAAGAGAGCUAGUGACAUUGAUGCAGAAUCAAUAACCUCUGGAGUUGAACUCCUGGGGCCUUUGGACAGAGGGGAUAUGCUAAAUGAAGCUUUUGUUGGCCUAUCUUUAGCACCUCAAGGAGAAGACAUAUUUCCAGAUAACUUCCCUCCCUUUUGUUCAAUCCACAGACAUAUUAUUCAGCAAAGAACACUGAAUGUCUCUGCUGACACGUAAGCUAUGCUGAACUGAGAAAAUUGCUCCAUACAGGAGCAGUAUUUAGUAUUGAACAAUUGAAAUAUUCCCUGUUUAAAUGCAAACUAAUAGUUAAGCAAGGAAAUUUCAAAAUAUCAAAGAAAAAAAUGCACAUUUUCUCAUGGCUAGGAUUUUGCAGUAGUUUGGUCAUGGAAGAGCAGGCUUGAUGGAGGCAGAAAUAUAUGAAAAGAAUAUUGUUAGAAUGAAUGUUAUCCCAGGCCAAAUGAAACUACUGUAACAUACUAAAUUCUAUUUGUAUUCUGUUGUUAAAUUUUGGUAUCAUUAUGUUAUUAAAAUAUUAUUCUUAGAAUAUUUACUUUGAAUUAUAAUUUUAUACAUUCAUACUUAUGCAAGCUUGCCACUCAUUUUUGAAAUCUGAUAAAUGUUCAUUUAAUAUCUAUCCAGCUUGCCACAUUGGGUUAUUCAGAAAACAAAGAGAAAGAAUAAAUGUGAAAUUAAAAACACUGGACAAAUUAAUAGCAUUAUUUAUAAUGAUAAUUAUAAUGUUAAUUAUGAUGAUGAUACUGCUCUGAAGCUAAGGUCAGAAAACUUUUUGUGUAAAGGGCCAGAUAUUAAGCUUUGUGGGCCAUGUAGACGCUAUUGCAACUACUCAGCUCUGGUGCUAUAGUAUGAAUGCUGCCGCAGACAAUAUAUAAAUGAAUGAGAGUGGCUGUGUUACAGUAAAACUUUAUUUACAAAAACAGGUAGUGGACAGGAUUUGGCCUCUGGUCUUUAGUUAACAUACCUGCUCUUGAGGAUCCCAACUAUAUGCAAUAAUUGUGAAGAGGCCACAUUUUUUAUACAUAUCAUAUAUUACAUACAUGAAUAUGAUACGAUAUACGAUGUGAUACAUGAAAUAUAUAUUUCAUAUCUAUCAACUAUACAUAUAUACUUAUAAUAUCCUUGAAAAAAUGCCUCAAACUACAUAGAUUAACAGUAAAUGAAGGGGCAGGAUUUCCAGGUAUGGCAGAGUUUAGAGAUCAGUAAAUCUCCCCAGGAAACAAUUAUAAAACUGGACCAAAACUACCAUUUCAGGGCUCUGGAAAUCAAAUAAUGGCAAACGAAUUGAGAAGCACUUAUUUACGAAAAACUGCUGAACUUAUAGUAAUAAAGUGGGAAUCUGUGAUGUUCUGGGGCUGCUCCCAUCCUCCCACCACCACCCAAGCUAGUUCAGCCUUGUAGUUCUACUCAGGUCAGACAGGUUGUGAAAACCAACAGUUGACUUUAUCUGGAGCCUAAGAGUGAAAAAAACCCCACCUGGCAGCAGUGUCAAUAAAAAUAGCAAACUCACUCUCAGUAAAAGAAACAAACUUGAUAGGAAAAGGAACAGGGAAAGUCACAGUUCUACGAGCCUGCUUAUGUCAAGUGACAGAAGAACAGACUAGCCAGAAAUUUUAAAAGGAGAGCCUGGAAAUGAGAGAACCAAAGAGGGGCUAAUUGAGCACUCUACACACACUCCUAUGUAGAUGUAUGACCUCUCAUUGUUUACUCUUUUUUUGUUGUUGUGCAAGACCCUAAAUCUUCCUCUUAUACUUUUUUCCUCCUUCACACCAGUUGCCAAAAGGUGCCUCUCCCUUUUUGCCUUUUAUCACCCACCCAUCUCCUCGCCCAAGAAGCUAUGCAUUUUAAAAACUGCCCCUUUGAGUUGCAUGUUACUUUUAAGUCCCUUCCAUGUAAUCCCUGCUCUGAUCUACAAGAGCACCAGAAGAUGGAGAAAUCAUGCACUGGGAUUUGGGUUUUUUUCCAUUUUACUUACAAUUAUAUUGAAGUUUGGACAUUCUCUGUCUUCAAGUUAUGCCAAAGGUGUAGUUUUCAUAUAGUUUAGCUUCUCCCAUGAGUUUCAAUCCUCCCUUCCUUUACUGUGUUCUGUAUUGUUUAUAGAGGAAGUACUGGGACAUAGAAAGGAAGGCAGCCUCUAUUAUCUUCAGCCGCCUGAAGUUUUACCUCUUUAUUUACUUUUUAAAAAGCAAUUUUACCGAGGCAUAAUUUACAUGUACCAUAAAAUUCACCCAUUGUAAGUAUACAAUUCAGUGAUGUUUGGUAAGUUUAUAAAGUUGUGCAACGAUCACAGUGCAGUUGUAAAACAUCUCCGUCACCCAAAUAGCUUCCUUGUGCCAAGGUACAGUCAGUUUCCACUCCCACCUCUAGCCUGAGCCAAUCACUGGUCUGCUUUCUGUCUCUAGAGAAAUCUUAUAUAAAUGAAAUCAUACGACCUGGACAUGUCAUAUAAAUGGAGUCAUACAAUAUGUUGUCUUUUGUGUCAGGCUUCUCUCACUUAGCAUUAUGUUUUUGAGGUUCAUACAUAUUGUAGCAUGUAGUUCAUUCCUUUUUAAUUGUUGGACAGUAUUCCAUUGUAUAAAUAUACCACAUUUUGU